AUGAUUGCUAGAAAACACCCUAAAAACUGGAGCAACAAAGUAGUAAACGAAAUGAGCCCAGCAAAGAGAUCAAAAAACAAGCCAAAACGUAAAGACACUACAAAGAUAGAUGCAAAUGUGAAGGAACCUGAGAAACAAAACAUAAACUUACCUUCCAUAUCCAAUAUAAUUAUUGAAUCUUCGGCAUCGCCUACAUUAGGCGGGCACACUGGGGGACUAAAAAAUGAUGCAAAACCGAAAGCGGCAAGGGAACAAGCACCCCCUGAUAUGCUAGCUCCUCCAGUCACCUUUGUCCCUAGUGGACUACCAAAUAACUAUAUUGGUACGAACUUUCAACAUCGGAGAGGUAGUUCUUUAGAUUCGUUUUCACCUGGUAGGGUUUAUCAAAGACCACUAACUAACACAGCCAAUAUAAACGCAAAAGAGCGGGAAAUGAGGCAGUUGCAAAUAAUACGAGAGAGAUUACUACACGAGAUUACUUCUCUUGAGAGCAUAGCAUUUGGGCCACAAAGUCAGCAUACUGGGAGGACUGACUCAUCUGCUGUUUUAAGCGCGUUACAAAAUCUCACCGGAGCGCUACAUGAAAAUGUAGCUCAAAUGAUUCAAUUGGAGAGAGACGCCGGAAUGGGAGACAGAGAAAUUUACCAAGCUGGUCAGAGAUAUACCGUGUUACCGCCCUUGGGUACAAGACCAUAUAAUCAGGAUGAUGGAUUUUCAAACUCUUCUUCAUAUACUUUCCCGCCUCAAAAUGCUCCUGCGGGAAUGAAUAUCCCUCCUGCGUUGAACGUUCAAAGUACCCCUCAAAAUGUGUUACGGGGUCCACCCAUUACACCGGACCUUAACUAUCAGCCUGGCAUGUCAUCCCCCACGGGCCAUUUCACAGGGAGCAUCAGACAAGGCCCCGUUCCAUAUACACCAUACUAUCAAAUUCCGCAACCGCCAACCAAUCAUCCACCACAGUACUUGACGUACUACCAGCCAAAACCACAGCAUAAUUUGCCUUUACAACGACAAGUGGAGUCCCACGUAGAGCUGCAAUCUCCAAAACCAAAGAAGGAACCGAGCCAUGUCCGGAGACAUUCCAGUGUAGACCGUUCAUCCUUAACCAAAACGGGGUCCUCCUUAAAAUUCUUCCCCCAGGGCAGUAUCGCAGAAACCAACCCGCAACACACAUUUGUCUUGGCACCGUUACAUCGUUCCACGAGAACCAUAGACUUGCCUCCAAGAACGCCGUUUAGAGAAACCUUAACAGGUGAAGAAAUCGCCGACCGGUCGUUCAAAACCGUUGACACGAAGCACAAAAAGACUAAAAGUACUUCAAGUGCGGAGGUAACCGAUACUUUGAGGAUUAUUCCUACUUUAAACGGUAAAAACUUGAUCACGAAAGGUUCUGUCAGUCAUGGCGGGUCGGCGUCAGGGACCACCCAAACGUUGAGGCUGAGCAACAAGGUUUUGCAAGAGAAGGCUGGGAAAAGAACGAAAUCGCAAGAAACACCGAAAGCCCUAAGUCGACAGGAAGAUAGCUCUGAGGAGGUAGAGAGUGAUGGCGAAAAACGGUGUUUCCAUUGUAACAGUUCGAAGACGCCCGAAUGGCGGGCCGGGCCCUACGGUAACGAGAAUAUAUGCAAUGCGUGUGGUCUGUUCUACCGCAAAGUCAUUACAAAAUUCGGUGUCAGGGGGGGCAAUCUACUGAUGAAGUACAGACAGCACACGGCGCCCACUAAUAGGAGGGUGCCACCGUACAUUGAAAUACCGGAGGAGUUUAUGAUACAGUUCCAUAAGGAGGAAGAAGAGGCCCAGAAGAGGCUCCCGCGCAAAGAUAGUUUAAUCUAA